AUGGGCUCACCGGUCUCCGGUUUGGUGGCAGAACUGCUCCUACAGGAGUUAGAAAAGACUGCCUUCCUCCAACAUGAACCGGUGUUUUGGCGCCGUUACGCUGACGACACGUUCGUUAUCGUAGAGAAGUACAUGCUGCAACAUUUCCACAGCCUGCUCAACGCAGACUCCCCUAAUAUAAAAUUCACGAGGGAAGAAGAACAGGAACAGCAGUUGCCCCUCCCCCCCUGGAUGUGCUCGUCAGACGAAACCUUAACAGUGAACUUAAACGACGGUUUAUAGGAAGGCAACGAGCACCACACAGCUUCUCAGUUUCCACAGCAACCAUCCGUUGGCCCACAAACGAAGCUGUGUAAAGACGCUCUUCAAACGGAUCCAAACUAAUUACAACAGACCGGAGGACAGAGCAAGUGAGGCCCGUUAUCUCAGCGACCAGUUGAUACAAAAUGGCUAUCCGAGGGCAUUCAAAAGUCGCUGCCUACGCGUUCGCUACCAGAGAACUCGAACAUCAACGCCACCGACCAUAUGGCAUUCUCCGUCAUACAUCAAAAGUGUUUCAGAAGCGACCGAGCGCAUUGCUGCGGAGCUAGGUGUUGGAAUUGCACACCGCCCCAAAGCCACCAUGCGCAGAAGGUUCAUGAAAAUCAAAGACCGGGUAAAACCUGAAGAGCAAUCUGGAGUAGUGUAUCGCAUUCUGUGUCAACAUUGUCCUUGUAACUACACAGGAGAGACUGGACGCAUGUUCGGAUCGCGCAUACACGAACAUAAGCUGGCUGUGCGGCGAGGCGACGCAUUAUCACAAGUGGCCGCCCACACCUACGAAAUGGGUCACGAGUCUAACCUUGCAGCCAUCAAAAUAGUCGCCUACGCCGGAAACAAAGCAGGCCGAGAAUUGAUUGGAGCCUGGGCCUCGCAUGAGAACUCGGUCAAUCGAUUUAUCGAUCUGGCGCCGGCGUUCAGAGCCCUGCGUAGUCAACUCCAGUCGUGCGACGUCGGUCGAUGA